GGGUGMCAACAAGCUUGAGCAAAAAUGKUYAUAUUAAUGGGUAAUGAAAAAGACCUCAMUAUUUAAUUAUGCAUUUAUUUAUCUGUCGAAAGUCAAUCGUAUCUUAUUCGGUAUUUUUUCGUACGACUUCGUAACUCUUCGUGGGAUCYCAAAAAACAUUUCGUCUGUGUUUUUUGCCAAGUUAUGUGGAGAAUGACUAGGCUAAAUUUUAACUUCGCAAGAUUAUUUUUUUGUACAAAAAGAGCGAAUCUGAUCGYGAAUCAAGCACGUGGUUUUUCCAAUGGUGUUUUAUUAUCCGAGGACGAAAUACAGAGAUUCAAGGAAGAUGGCGCUGUCUGCCUACGUGGAAAAUUCGACCAAGAAUGGCUUCACAAUAUAAGACGAGGAAUACGCAAAGUYUUCGAUAAUCCAAGCCGCUUCAGUGAGAAACUUGCUCACAAGGAACAUUCAAAAUCUUUGUAUUUCAAUGAUUUUUGGAAUUAUCAGACAGUUCAAGAGUUCUCGGAAUUUGUGUUUCAUUCUCCUGCUGCUGAACUUGCAAGACAGCUGAUGGGGUCGGAGAAUGUAUUGUUCUACCAUGAACAUGUGUUUACUAAAGAUCCUGGAACAUGCUUUGCAACUCCCUGGCAUCAWGACCAACCUUACUACCCUCUAGAUGGAUGGAAGAAUUGCUCAUUUUGGAUGCCACUGUCUGUAGUUUCCAAAGAGAACUGUCUGAAGUACAUCAAAGGUUCUCAUCGCUGGGGRAAAUGGUUUAUUCCCAAGAAGUUUGAAACCAACUUAAACUACUCCCUUCAGGAUAAAGAAAUGGGAAGAUUUUCAGYGAUGGUUGACAUUGAUGCCAACCAUGACCAGUAUGAAGAACUCUCAUGGGACUUAGAGCCAGGAGAUUGCAUUGCCUUUCAUAUGCUAACGGUUCACGGAGCCCCAGAAAGUGUGGAUCAAAAUGGCCGUCAGGUUUUGGCCACUCGCUGGCUUGGUGAUGACAUGGUUCUUACGACAAGACCUUGGGAAUGUUCUCCACCUAUUUUACCUGAUGGAUUCAAAGCAGGUGAAUAUGUUUUGAAGUACCAGCAUGCAUUUCCUCCAAUCAAACAAAAAGUUCACAAAUAGGUUGAAGAUGUCAAUCAUUAGUAUAAUAUUGCAGUUCCUCUUAGCUUGGAAGUUCAUAAAGUGUGAAAAUUCAUUCCCAACUUCAGUCAUUCUAUCUUUGGCAAAUCUUUUGUCUUGAAGCUAAUCUUCAUGCGUCACCAGGAUAAG